AUCCCAUGUGGCCGAGAGUAUGACAAGGUCUGGCUAGUGAAUUUAAUCCAGAGCCAUUGCGGUGUCUCCUUCAGCCCGGUUGAUUUCCACUACAUCAACAGCCGGGCCUUCUUCUUCGUCCAGGAUGCGAGCGUUGCCUCCAAAAUAAAGGAUGUCAGGAACCAGAUUUAUGAUGAGAGGAGGCACAGGAUAGCUAUCUUUGUCCAGCCUUCGAUUGUACCCUACUCUGUGCAGAAUAAGUUCACGCCAGAACAAAUGGAGCACCUAAAGGCGAACAUGUGUAAACGAUAUGAUGUCUCCCAGCAAGCUCUCAACCUUCAGCAGCUCCGCUAUGACCCAGGUAUGGCUGACCCACAGUAACUCUAGGCCAGGUGAGAGCAGAGGGUUCUGGCUGGGAGGAAGACUGCGCAGUGGAAGGCAGCUUGCGCAGCGUCUGUACAGAC